AUGCUAUGCGAUCUAGAGGCGAGCAUAAAUCUAAUGCCCUUGUCGAUCUUCAAGAAGCUGAAUAUCGACAAUGCAAGACCAACCACAAUCACAUUUAAGUUGGCCGAUAGAUCGAUAACCUAUCCCGAGGGCAAAAUAGAGGAUGUACUCGUGCAAGUGGAUAAGUUUAUCUUCCCUGCAGACUUUAUCAUAUUAGAUUAUGAAGCUGACAAAGAAAUGCCUAUCUUCUUGGGUCGCCCAUUUCUUGCAACAGGGCUAGCACUGAUCGAUGUUCAAAAAGGAGAACUCACCAUCAGGGUUGACGAUCAGCAAGUGAAGUUCAACAUUCUCAAUGCGUUGAAGUAG